AUGCUGCUGCUAGCUGACAGAUCAAUUGAGCUUUCCCCUAUUCUGAAUCACGACAUGGAAACAAGGACUUGCAGUGAGGAGCCAUGGUGGAUUAACCCUGAAAACUUUUACCUUCCAUUGGUAUUUUACAUGGAAGAGGACCAGGAGGAGCGCAUCUUUGGCCGCCUUGACACAGACCUUCAUUGCAUUGAGGUGCACAGCCACACCUUCAUUCAACUGGAGGGGUGGUUCACGGCCACAGGCCAGACACGUGUCACCAUAGUCGGACCACCUGAGGCAAGGCAGUGGCUGUUCCUUAUGAUCUUGAGCAUGGGGAGCUGGGAUUUGGACCAGCAGGCCCGAGGCCUCAAGAUGCUGCAGCGUGUCCGGAGCCAGGCACUGACCAAGGACGACCUGGCAGCGGCCCCCAGCAUGCAGCUCUACCCUACGGCCCUGUCUUUGCCAGUCAGGAGGGGCAGGACUGUCCAUUCCAGGUUUUGCUAG